UAUACCCAAAACGUCCUGCAAUCAAAAACCUUCGAACGGAGAACCUCGACGGCGACCUAGCUCGGGAAAUUUAUACUCUCCGGCGAUUUCAAUUCGGGUUUAGUUUACAAUCUUGGCAAUGGUAUCCAGAAGUGAAGUUCUCAGCCUCUGUCGUGCCAUGCUUCGAGCGGGGCGUCAGUACCCUCAUUACAACUUGAGGGAGUACACUAAGCGAAGGACCUUGGAUGGCUUCCGCAUGAACAAGAAUCUUACUGACCAAUCGAAGGUGAAUGAGGCUUAUGCUGAAGCUAAGGCACAAUUUGUGGUUUUAGAGAGGUCGGUUAAGUUUCACUCCUUAUAUCCUCCCAAGACCAAGAACAUCAUGGAAGUCAAGCUUCAGUAGAUGUACAUUAUACAAGUGAAGAAGUGAACAUUGUUGAAGAUAUAUGUCUUGGAUUGGAGCUGAGAACUAUGAGUUCCUGGGCUUUUUUGCUCUUCUUAAUAAUCUCAUCUCACACGAUUGUGCAGUUGUUGCAUAACAAAUGUUCCAACUUGUCUGGAGUUUCUGUAUUCUUAUAUAUGUCAUAUUUUAGCACUGAUACUGUUAGGGUUUAAAUCUGUGAUUCAAACACAUAAUAUUUACCUACUGUCAUAAUUUCUUGAGAAAUCUUUAUGAUACAGAUAAAACGAUAGCAAAAUU